UGGCUCAAGGGCCAGCCUGGCUUGAGCCGCCCGCCGCCAGGCCGCCCUGCGAGCGGCCGGGCGCCGGUGGGGGUGAUGCCGGAUGGCUACCAGGCGCCAGUCGUCUUGCCCUCGCUGCCGCUCGGGGCCAGUGCGUCGCCCAGGUCAAUCUUCAAGGUGCAGGGCCUGGACUCGCACCGGCCGCCGCUCGCCCCGGCCAACCGCAGCCCCAGGCGCCCGGCCGCGCGGCCGCGCACCACCGCCGAGCUGGAGGAGGCGCUCGCGGCGGCCGCGGUCUUCCCGGGCGCCCCCGCGAGCGAGCCGCUCGGCUCGGCGGCCCAGCGCCGCAGCCCCAGGCGCGUCGUCUCGAGGUCGCGCACCGCGGAGGUCGAGGAGGCGCCCGCGAUGGCCGCGACCUUGCCCGGUGCACCCCCUGAGGUGUCGUCUGGCUCGGCCCCGCCGCGGCUCCCGUACGACUCCCAGCGGCGCUCCAGAGUGGCCGCCGACCAGGCGGCGCCUGCGCAGCCGUGGGGCGAGGCGGCGACGGCUGGCCUAGUGCAGUCGGCUAGGCUCGUGCGGUCUAGGUACGGCCAGGUGCCCAAGAGCGACUGCGCGGCGAAGGUCUACCAGCGCAGGGUCCACCGCGUCCGCACCGAUCCAGUCGCGCCCCGUGCGCGGACGUCCAAGGGCCCCGGGGGGUACCCCAGCGAGUGUGGCUCCCUCGACGGUCCGCUCAUGAGGUUGAGGCGCCCGCACGCCGCCAAGCUGGCGCCCUUGGAGCUCCAGGAGGAGAACAGCACCCCCAGCCAGCCGUCGGUCAGCUUCGUCUCCCUCAGCCCAGACGGCAACGUCGAGGCGCACGAGCCCGACGAGGACCCCUCGACGGAGCGCGGCCCCAGCGAAACCACCUCGCCCUCCGUGGCGCCCUCUGCGCCGGCCCCCGCGCCGCCGCCCCCCGCGCCACCGCCCCCCGCGGCGCCCCCCCCGCGGCACAGCCGGAGAUCUGCCGAGAUGCCCCUCCUUGUGGCGACCCCUCGAAAGAGCGCCGAGCUGGCGCCGCUCGCGCCGCGGAGGCCCAGCGUUGGCUUCGAGAGCGACGCGGACCCCGAGGCGCCGUGGUCGACACGCGCCGUGGCCGACAGGGAGUCGCCAUCCAGCUCCACGGGCGUCUCGUGCGACCGCGGGGCCGGGCCGGACAGCGAGUCCGAGGCGGAGCAGGGGGCGAGCCCGCCAGGGCAGCGGGGGCGGUCGGACCGCAGGUCGAUCGCCACCCUGAUCAGGGGCUUCACGGACCGCGACCCGGGCCCCAUGGGGCAGGACGCGCAGUGGCCGCCACGGCGGCCAGAGCCGCCACGGCGGCUCGUGCCGCAGCGGCUGGGCUCGGAGCUCGCGCUCGGCGCCUCGGCCGCUGGCGCUGCGGGGACAGAGGGCGUGCGGCGACAGAAGUCGGUGUUCACAUGGCAGACGGAGCCAGAGGAGGUGCUCUGGGAGGAGAUCUACUGGAAGCUGAAGGACCGAGACGUCGGAGAGGUGCACAAAGACAACUUGAGUCGAGCGCUAGAUCUGGCGGGCUUCAGCUAUCCAGUCUCAGAGUGGAUAGAGGAGAUCGCUCUGCAGAUCACGCACUACUCCACCCUUGGCCAGCAGGAGUUCUUUCAGUUCAUCGAGGCCUACUCCCGCAAGCAGGCAGAGCACUACGCCGCUGUCUUCUACGGCUGCGACAAAGACAAGGCCAGGCGCCUUGAGCUGCCAGAGUUGCCGCACAUCUUCGAUUGCAUCAACAUCGACGUCAUGGCGCACAUCUUACGCGAGCUCUUCGCGGAGGUGUGCAACGGCGAGCGGUCCAUCGACCUCAAGGGUUUCAUGAAGAUGAUGGAGCUGUAUAAGCUGAGGGAGGGCUUCUCCAGGGAGGAGAUCGAAGGGUCGGCUGACUUCAUGCGCGUGUUCGAGCUCUUCGAUGUCGACGGAUCAGACAGCAUUGAUGCCAGCGGGUUUGCUUGCAUGCUCUCGUGGCUCGGCUUCAGUUGGUCCAACGAUUACGACUUCAAGCGGCCCUCGUUGAAGAGAGAAGUUCUGGAGGUCUACGAGGCGGCGGACACCACUAAAUCAGGGACCCUGAACCAGCGCGAGCUCAUCAUCUGCAUGCGGAGGAUGCGCAGUUUGGAGGUGGAGAAGAUUUCCCGGGUGAUCCGCGAGAACGCCAUCCCUGGCUCAGCAGAUCGCAUCCAUCACGAUCAUCUGACGCGGGUGCUCAGGGUGCUCGGGUACACGGCCCCGGACAGGCAGGCCGUCUUCGAGUGCGCCCAGGACUGCUGCAGCGGCGACGUGAACAGCGGAUUGGACAUGGGACAGGUGUGGCAGGUGGUGGCUCAGUACCGCAACAGGCACGGCUUCUCGGCGGCCGUGAAGGCCGAGAUCCAGGCGGCCUUCGACGCGUGCAAGUCUGAGCACGAGGCUGACAUCGACCAAAUGCAGGUGCCCCUGCUCCUGCGGCAGCUCGGCUUCGCGCUGCCCCUCCACGUGCAGCGGCACAUCACGGAGCGAAUAAACGUGGGUUGCACGAGCAGGAUCGACCUCGAGAGCGCCAUCCGCAUCGUGCGCCGGGCUUGCGAGCACGGGCUGGCCAGAGCCCAGGAGCUUUUCGACCUGCACAAAGAGGACGAUCCGAGUGGCCGCGCCGUGAUUUCCGAGGAGGUGGCGCUGGAGGUGCUGGACAUCAUGGGCCUCGACGCCUUCGACGGCGGCGCCGCCGCGGGAUGCCUCUCGCCAGACGACCUGGCGCCCAGCCCCAGGGAGCGGCGGCUGACCGAGGAGGGGUUCUUCCGCACGUACGCCCGCCUCGCCGAGGCGGACAGGCGCAGGGUUCAGGCCAACGGGAGCUUCAGCAGCGACGAGCUCAGAGCUCUGCUGGACAGCUUCAACCAUCACGACCGCGACGGGACGGGGAUUGUCAGGAACCAGUCUCUGAUGAAGAUGCUGCAGAGAAGAUUCCCUGAGGCCAACGAUGCCUCGUUCCGGCCGAGGCUGCUGGAGCUGAUGGCCCAGGUAUCCCCCGAUGGGAACGGCCUGGACUUCGCCGGAUUCCGGCGACUCAGCCUGCUGUACGUAGAGAUGCGUGAGAGGGACGUGCUCCUGAAGGAGUCCCACACGAUCCGGCAGACGUCGUUCACCCUGGCGGAGGUGGCCGAGCUGCGCGCGGUGUUCCUCUCCACGCCAGGGUCGCCCGACGUCGCCAAGGGCGCCAGGCGACUGCUAUCGUGGAGCGAGCUGAAGCUGCUGGUGCUGGGGCGCCACCAGAGGCAGCGCUCCGAGGGCGUUCCGCCGGGGAGGGGCUGGGGCAACGCGCUGAUGGCGUUCCUCCAGCAGGCGAUGCCCGAGAGAGCCGGGGAGGACGAGAAGGCCCAGUUUGACUUCAACGAGUUCCUCGUGAUCAUGCAGGCCAUCGCGGAUGGCAAGCUCGCUUCAGUGCUGUAGCACGUGCAGAUGUUGCCCAAUCGCUGCCACAUGUGAUUUAUAUUCCAACUCUGCUUAUUCCCCCUCGUGAGCCUGUUUCUCCGGUCUCCCCUCUCCCUCAUACUCCCCCUCGCUCUCCGCCCCCCUGCGCUCAGCCAGCUGCUCAACACCCUGUGGUGCUUUUCAGGCCAACUGUUUAACAUCAGGACGGUCGCAGGAAGGCGGCUUGGCUGUCCACGCAGUGGGCCUGCCUGGCAUAGCCAGACUUCUUUCUCAGCAGUCUACGGGCCGCGGGUGCGCUUCUGCCCCGCUGUCACCAGGCAGGUAGCUAGCCAAUUAGAAAAUGCUGGGGCGAUGCUUCUCUCGUGCCGUGGCCUCCGAGAAGUCGCGCCCGCUGCUUGCCUCGUCUCAGUGGUGAAGGCCCGCGGCUGCUUGUGUCCACCUGCGCCACCUCCACCUCUCGUGGUCUUUCGUUUGCUCCUCCGCUUCCUCCUCCUCCUUCUCCUCCUCCUCCUCAUCCUCCGCCUCCGCCGACCAACAAAAAUGUAAGUCAGUGUACUGGCGGUCCUCCUUCGCCGACCAACUCGCGCAUUUGUCGGGUCCUUCUGCCAGACCGCGCGGUGCCUUCUGCCAGACUGCGCACAGGGCAACCAUAGUACAGCGAUGCGCGCAUAGCACUCAGCAGGCCUUGAGGCUCUGGCCGUCAGCGCCGCAGACCUUGCUUGUCUCUACGUUCCGCCGCAUUUCAUAAGUAGACUCAGCAAUUUGCUGCUCUGUGCAAGGUGUGUCCUUGCUCGCAGUGGUGUUCCCCUUCCUGCUGCUCCUCCUCCUCCUCCGCCUCCCCCUCCUCCUCCUCCAUCAUCACCAUCAUCAACAUCCUUCCCUCCCUCCUUUCCCGGACUCGACUGCUUUCCCCCGUGGGAUCCAUUUUGUGGGCCCUCCCCGUGGGAUCUCCGUUCAAGCGGACGAGAACCACGGGGUCGCCCAUUCUCCGUCGGCAUUAUGUUUCGGAAUCGCGCCUCAGGCAUGACAGCUGGGCACGCGCGCUGUCCCCUCGAAUAGACAUGUUAGCCGGCAUGGGCACAAGACAGUGUGUUUCUAGAA